GAUAAUCAAUUAUGUUUAAAUUUUGUAUCAUACGACACCGAAUGAGUUCAUCAAAUACGGUUUAGCAAUUUCCAUUGAGAACCUCUUGUAAUUCUGCAUUUUCUUGAUGGAGUUGAGAGAAACAUUUCAUGCCAUGCUCUAAUUAUAUUGGGAUUAGGUUUAGUUUUCUUCCUCAGAAGGCUUACCUGUAAGUAAAAUGGAGAAACCCUGCAAAUUACCAAAAAUUGAAAACUCAACUUCGUCUGACAAUGAUAUCAAUUCGAAGACAAGAGAUUUCAUUAGCGAGCUUCCAGAUGAUGUUCUUUAUUCCAUCUUGUUGAAAUUGCCGUUGAGGGAAUCUGUUAGAACCAGGGUCCUAUCACAUAGAUGGAAGCAUGUCUAUGCAUUCCCAUCCAUUCUUGAACUUAAUUGGUUAAACAUGGGUCAAAACCAUGACUUCUUGGAAGAAAAUGAACAUCCUUGCAGAAAUUGUGAGGAAAAAUUUGUAAGAGGAGUUAAUCAGUACCUAGACUUUUAUAAGGGUACAUGCCUACGCUCUUUUAAGGCCUCCUUUUGUCUUGGGCAUGGUCCCAAAUCUGAUAUUGAUAGAUGGGUUAAUUUUGCAAUCAGAAUGGGUGUUGAAACUCUGUCUCUUGAUCUGUACUGUGAAGCGUCCAGUCGCAAUCCUACUAGAGAAAUGUUUGGAGAACAAUUAGAAAGAAACUAUGUUUUUCAAAGCAGUCUUCUUGAGGGUGCAAAACUCAAUUUAAAGAAUUUGCGCCUGGUUGCUUGUCGCCUGGGAAGAAAUUUCACCAACCAAUUUAGUUUCUUAGAGACCCUUACCUUGGCUUAUUCACCUUUAGCGCGAUAUGACCUUCAUACCUUAUUUUCUUAUAUGGUCAACCUCAAUCAAUUGAUCUUGCUUGCAUGUAGCCUUCCUGUAAAGCUAUCCCUCGGUUCAUUACUACUUCUCAAGAAAUUCUGUCUUACAGGUGGCGCUGGGACAAAGGAACUUGAGCUGUCUAAUCCCAAGCUUUUACAUUUCCAAUGUAUGACUCGUGAAGCGAUUACAGUCAAUUUAAGUGCAGUUCCUAACUUGAUUACAUUGAAGCAUUCCGUGGAUAGUACAGGAAUCCGCUAUGUUUUCACUCAUGUUUCACAAAAUCAUCCUAUGCUGAGGACCUUAACAGUUUAUAGUAGAUGUGAUUGGGUAUGUGAAUAGGAAUGGAACCAUU